AUGGCCGCUCUCGCACGCUCCCUGACGUCCCCUACCAUCGGUCGACGCGCGUCCGCCGCGCGCCGCGCCGCGCCGCUAACCCGAACCCGAACGCGACCGCUUCGCCCCCCCAGAGUCGGCACCGCGUUCGCGUCGUCCGACGGGGCUCCCGCGUCGUCGUCGUCGUCGUCGUCCCCGUCGUCCCCGUCGUCCGACGCGCGCGAGCUCCUGAAGCUCCUGCGCGCGAACGCGAUCGUGGAGCUCACCGGCGCGGUCGCGGUCGCGCUCAACCCGGCCGCGGUGUUCCCCGGGAUCGAGACCGCCGCCUUCGCCGCGGUGGAGUGUUCGCGGUGGUACGCGUUGUCGAUGGCGUGCUUAGGUGCGUUCUACACACUGGUCCCCAUACGACCGCGUUCGCGUGGUGAACGCCGAUCCUUAAGGACUUUUCCCGGCGUAUCUCUGCGCCCACCCCCCGCUUUCAAUCUCCGCCCUCGGCGCCGUUCAACUCCAAAUGAUGACGCCUUUGAACUCCACCCCGAUAUCAUCGCUCGUAUGGAACGGCCCUCAGCGUUGGCAUCCUUCCUCGCGUCGCGCGCCGAUACGACCGACGACGCCGCCGUCGCGUCGUCCGCGACGCCGGUCGUCGGAGGCAUGCUCUCGUACCACCUCGGGGUAUCGUGUUUUCAAUUGCAGAGGCUGACGGCGACGGGCGCGGCGGCGACGAAGGCGGUCGCCGCGGGCGCGUUGUUCGUUCACGCGCCGCUGACGAUCGCGUUCGGGGUCGCCGCCGCGUGGUGCGCGGCGCGAGUGAACCUCAGUUAG